AUGAGUGGAAAAGAUGAAAAAAUUCUGACCUAUAAAUCUAAAGAGGAAUUUCGAGCGGAGUACUAUAAAAUUCGCUAUAAAAAGGAAGAUGUCAAAAAUUUCUAUUUAACUAUAUGGACUCAGAUCUUUGUAGCUAUAUCGGAAGAUUCUAAAGGCCAAACUAUAUUACACGUUGCUGCUUCCCAUGGAAAAGAAUGUGCUGUAAAAUAUUUGACUGAAGAAGUGAAUUUGCCUGUAGACUAUUUCGACAAACUCGGAAAAACUGCUUUGCACGCUGCAGCAGAAAAUGGACAUUUGAAUGUUGUUCGAACUCUUUUAAAAAAUAAAGCUGAUUUCACCGUAAAAGAUGUGUCUGACAUGUCACCUAUAUUUUAUGCUGUGAGGAACAAUAGUGUAGAAGUCGUCGAUAUCCUUCUAAGGGCAUUCCCGAGUGUCAACACCAUUGAAAGUUCUCUUGGUUAUAGUCCUCUGCAUGAAGCUGCGAAACGUGGGCACGCAAAGAUAGUUGAAAUCCUGCUUGAAAGGAAUGCAAAUGUUAAUGCCAGUACUGACAUCGGUUUGACACCGUUACACGCGGCAGCAUUCUGUGGACAUCCGGAUGUUGUUCAUAAUCUGAUUCGUAAAGGAGCUUAUAUUAAUACUACAUUAAUCACUGGAAGUACUGCGUUACAUUUGGCUACAGAAAGUGGCCAUAAAGAGGUAGUUCAUGUGCUGCUGAAGUAUGGAGCUGAUGUUAACGUUGUAGAUAAAGUCUACAAACAUACGCCUUUGAAUCGUGCUGCACGAGAUGGACACGAAAAUAUUGUUCAGGCUUUACUGGACAAUGGAGCUCGUGCUGAUAUUUUCAAUCAUGAAAGGAUGACACCUCUGCAUUUUGCCUCGCAGAAUGGCAAUUUGAGAAUAGUAAAACUUCUUACUGUACGCAGCAUUGAAAUUGAUCCAAAGAAUAUGUAUAAUUAUACUCCCUUGCAUUUAGCAGUUAAUGGAAACCAUAAAGCUGUAGUCGAAUACUUAUUGAAACGUAAAGCAAGUAUCGAUGCCAGAGAUAUCAAUGGUCUCACUCCCUUACAUUUAGCCGCAAAGAAUGGAUGGUUCGAUAUUUGUCGCAUUAUUAUAGAAAAUAAUGCUGACGUCAACAUUAGAGGUAUUGCUGGGUUGACAUCUUUGCAUUUAGCUGCUGUUAAUGGCAACACAAAAAUUAUUGAAUUACUUUUAAGAAACAAAGCUGAUAUCAAUUCUAAGUGUGUUCAAAGAAUGACGCCUUUAUAUUUGGCAGCUCAAAAUGGCAAUAUGGAGGCUGUUACUACUUUGAUUAAUAACGAUGCCAUUUCAGAUAAGUCUACACUGAUUGCAGCAAUUAAUGGACAUCAUGUUGAUAUUGUUAAACUUUUAGCGAGGAAAACUAUUGACAAAAAUGAAUUAACUGAUGCAUCAUUCACCGCUAUAAGAUCAGAGUGGUCUUUCCGAUGUUAUCCAUGUGCUGAAUGCCAUAAAGGAUACGUCUGA